GUUAUUAUUAUUUUUAAUGUAUUCGUUUCAAAAUCGAUGUUUUUGAAUUCUAUUAAAAAAAAAAACUGAAGAUUUUUUUUUGGGAGGAUUUUAACAUUGUUUUUGGCCAAUGCUCAGUUUGGUUUCGGAGAAAAUGUUGGAAAAGAGACGGAAUUGAAUAGAUUUCGUCUUCGGUUUCUUUUUUCUUUUAAUUGUCCCAUCGUCCAAACGCCGGGUUAGGGUUUUUGGCUGUUUUGUUAUUCUGCAUUUUGUCACUCCUCACUUCUGCAUCUCAUGGGGGAUUUUUUGAUUUGGUGACUGCUUUAGAUCUGUUGACUCUUUAUAUGCUUUUUUCUUCUUUUUUUUCCUUCUUAAAUUCUUGCCGGUAUCGAAGGAGUUUCUUGCCUUUUACGUAUCUGGCAGUUUUCACAUUUUGAGAAGUUUUCAGAUUCCUUUUAAUUUAUUUUCUUGUUGUAAAAAUGAUAUAUUUCAAGUAUCUGAAGAUAUAUAUUUUUCUUUUGAUUCAUUUUUUGUGCCCUCUGUUUGGUUUCUGAGGUACUGAGGAAAAAGAAAACAAAGAAAAAAAAGAACAUGAAAUUUCUAGACUUCUCUUUCAUUUUUUUUUUUGGAUUUUAAAAAGAGGAUUGAAUCAGGCUUAACUAAUGAUUAAUUUUAGAUUAAAAUUGUAACUUUAAAUACAAAAUUAGGAUUUCCUUAACAACCCAAAAGUUAUUUAUGAAUUAGUUAUAUACUGCAAGUCUGCAACCACUCUUUUGAUUUCUUUAGUAGUUUAUUCUUUCUAUUCUUUAUUUUUUCCUCAUUCUCUUUGUUGUUGCUUCUGACUACUCCCAAUGCCUUUUUUAUUGCCCAAAGAAAUUGGAAUCUAUUGGUGAAUUCGUUCCUUGGUCUUACUCAAAGUAUGUUACAGCCCAUUGAAGAAACCUUAGCAAAACCUUUCCUCGUUCUGUCUUACUUCUUUUUAUUGGUGCGAUCAGAUGUAGCAGUUACGUUUUCUUUCCUUUUCCUUUUUAAUUGGUUAUAUUCAAUCAGUGUAAAUGUCAAUGUCUGCUUUAAAAAAUGCCUAUCAAAAAUGUCUUCUUUGAAAAUAUGAGAUUCCAUGCUCACCUUUUAAACUGUCCUUACUUUUUUUAAGAAUAUAAUGAUUGAAAUCAUAAGCCCUUCUUUCUUUUGUUCUUUAUUUUACAAAUAUGGGUCUUAUUGUGAUAUAGCAAAUUGGUUUAGGUUGAUGAAAAAGGGGCUAGUGCACAUGCAUAGCUCCUUUUGGGAAUAAAAAUUUGUUGAUAGAGCUGGAUUUCCCUAUAUUUGAAGGGUGUACACUGCAAGCGCACAAACCAAAUGAUUUCUCUUAGUUAAUUGAAGACACUUAUUUUCUGACAAUACUGAUAUAUGUGAUUGGAAAUUAUUAUGGAACAUCAUAUAAGAACUGGCCGUGGUACUGUGUCUGUUAUUGUCUAUGGUGACCAAGAGAAGCCUGCACUGAUUACUUAUCCUGAUUUAGCUCUAAAUCAUAUGUCUUGUUUCCAAGGAUUAUUCUUUUGUCCUGAAGCAGCUUCUUUGUUGCUACAUAACUUCUGCAUUUACCAUAUCAGUCCUCCUGGGCACGAGUUGGGAGCUGCUUCUAUCUGUCCAGAUGAGCCUGUGCCUUCUGUUGAUGACUUGGCAGAUCAAGUUAUUGAGGUUCUCAACUAUUUUGGUCUAGGUGCAGUGAUGUGCAUGGGGGUGACAGCGGGUGCUUACAUCCUCACCCUAUUUGCGUUGAAAUAUAGGGAGCGUGUUCUUGGUUUGAUACUUGUAUCCCCUUUAUGUAAAGCACCAUCCUGGUCUGAAUGGCUGUACAAUAAGGUGGUAUCAAAUUUCCUAUAUUUCUAUGGCAUGUGUGGUUUUGUAAAGGAAUAUUUGCUUCAAAGGUACUUCAGCCAGGAGGUUCGUGGUGAUGCAGACGUCCAAGAAUCUGAUAUAGUUCAAGCAUGCAGAAAAUUGCUGGAUGAGAGGCAGAGCAUAAAUGUUUUGCGGUUUCUUCAAGCAAUUAAUGGGAGACCGGAUAUUACUGAAGGAUUGAGGAGACUGAAAUGUCGGACACUUGUAUUUGUCGGUGAUGACUCUCCUUUCCAUAGUGAGGCUCUGUACAUGACCUCAAAACUGGAUAGAAGAUACAGUGCCUUGGUCGAGGUACAAUCUUGUGGAUCAAUGGUGACAGAAGAGCAGCCACAUGCAAUGUUGAUACCAAUGGAGUACUUCUUCAUGGGAUAUGGAUUGUAUAGGCCUUACCUGCUCAGUGAAAGCCCAAGGAGCCCGCUCAGCCCGUCUUGCAUCUCACCGGAGCUUCUAUCUCCUGAAAGCAUGGGGUUAAAGCUAAAACCAAUAAAGACCCGGGUUUCACUCCAAACUGAAAAGGGGCGAGAGAGGUAGGGAAUUGGAUAUGAAGCCACCCCUGUGAGUAUAGAUAAAUUGAAAGUUUUUUUAUUCUUUUUUUUUCUUUUUUCCUUUUUCCUGAUUGGUUAAAGCAGAAGGAUAGAAAUGGCUGUAGAUAAAAAGGGAGGGGUGGGGGGUUGGAGGAGAGAUUUGAAUUCAUUCAUUUGUAGUCAGUCAUAAACCUUGUCAUUGAGCUGUAUGUAACAAUUAACUCAAAUGGACAUUUAUUUAUGAUGACGAAGAAUUAAUAAUAGAGAAGCUCCCAAGGGAAUUUAUAAGUUUAUAA